GGGGACCACUAGCUAAAGAGAUAAGGAAAAAUGGCUGUUCCCAGAGAAGGGUCUUUCUCUCUUUCCUGGUGACUUUGAUUAAAACAGGAUUGAAGAUCCUAAGAGAAGUGGGCAAAGAAAGAAAUGCUAAUUCAUGGCCCCACUACUACUGCUCCAAAUCUCUACAACAGAAGAGCUUCCCCGCUAACAUUCAGAGGAGUGAGCUGCAGCAACAAGAGUAUCAUCAUCAACAUCAGCAGAAGCAGCAGCAAAUGCAGUGGCAGCAUACUCAAAAGCAUUAAGGGAAGCCUGGUUGCAGUUGCAGCUGCAGCAUUGGUGGCAUCGUCAUCAGCACCAGCAGGCGGCGCAGAGGUGCCUAAUGAGGCGGAGACACUUGAAAACAUACCGCAGCUGCUGUCUGGGGAGUGUGUGUUGCCGAAUGAUUGCAAGAAACCAAGAAUUCAAAAGCCAAAAUCAAGGAAAGCAGAGUCUUGCACCAUCAAGUGUGUCACUACCUGCAUUAGAGGUGGAGAUGGCUCUCCUGGAGAAGGCCCUUUCAAUGUUAGAAGACCUCUGGUUGUAUUCAAGGAAGGAUUUCGAAGCCGUCGGUACUGUCUGGUGGAGUGUUCAGAUAUUUGUAAUUUGAUUGGAGAUCAAGAUGAUGGGCCUUGAUUGAAUUGUACCAUUAAUUGUGAUACAUUUGUAAAAUGUAAAUUACUAUUUGUUUAUUAUUUUUUUUGUAAUUAAUUAAAGCGAUCAAUUUUGAAGCAUA